AUGUGGUUGAUUGUGGGGAUCUUCAUCCGUAGUUCCGUUUGUGAUAUCGUUUUACCGCCAAAUCCAAACAUCAGUCGGUCCGACUACUUACUGGUGCCUCUAGCAAGACACUAUCGGAUGUCCAAUUUGGCGGUUAAUUUCUGUUUGGAAAACGAUGUUCGAUUGUUGAGUAGCAGCGAGGAACUGGAUACCAUCAACGCACUGCUGCACGGACACAUGGACUGGAUGGUGGUUACAGUGCACUAUUCCACCCAGUGCGGCCAGAUGCGCUUCUUCCAGAAUGUCUUUCUGGCCGCCACCUACCGGUCGCUCGAGGAGAUGGUUUCGAGCAUGGACUACGAGUGCUACGACGCGUCCGGAUUCUACAUCGUCACCGUUGCUGAGCGAACGCUAAACGAGAGCAGCAUAGUGCAAGUGUUCGGAACAUUAUGGAAGUAUCGUAUCAUCAACGUAGUGUUUAUUGCCCCGCUAUCGGGGGACAACUACCAGGCGUAUAGUUUUGAUCCAUACCAGGACAACUUUUGCGGGUCCAUCCAACUGGUACGGAUCGAUCGGUAUGCUGAUUCGAUGCGAAACUUCGACGGAUGUCCGCUAAGGAUUGGCACGUUCGAGGCCAAACCGUUCUCGAUGGUCCAGCAAAGGGGCGGAAAGACUGUGUACUAUGGGUUGGAAGUGGACAUUAUGAAAGCGAUUGCCAGCAGGCUCAAUUUUUCAUUCGAGUUCGUCUCCCCACCGGGAAGGGUGAAAUGGGGUGUUCUAAAGCCUGGCAACAGCACCGGCCUGAUGGGAAUGAUUCUACGAGCUGAAGUAGAUUUUGGUUUUGGCGCUGUCGGCCACAGUCCCUACAGAAGCCAGAUGUUGCGGUCCAGCUACCCGGGAGUUAUCACGCAAAUGAUCAUGGCUAUCCCUCCGAGGAGGCCUUACACUUCCUUCGAAAAGCUGUUCCAACCGUUCACGCCCUCAGCUUGGACGUUGAUUGUGGUUUGCUAUUCGGUUCUAUGCGGACUCUCGGUGCUUAUGUGUUAUGGUAGGAGGCAUUCAUCCCUCGAGCGCAUGCCGCAAAUGUUUUACACCUUCUGGAUUAUACUGCUGGGGGGUCCUGGGGGUAACGUCCGUAGACAUAGUACAAGAAUAUAUAUAAUCAGUUUGUUGCUCAAUGCAUUCGUCGUGCGUAACCUCUACCAGUCGGCGCUCUUUCGGUACCUAAAGUCCUCGGAUUUAGCGUCAUCGAAGCUGCAUACCUAUGACGAUAUAAAUGCUGCUGGUCUGUAUUAUUACAUGUACCCGACUACCCGUAUAUUCUUCAUGGACAAUCCUUGGGUACAGACCAGAAUUCGCACUUUGGACGACGAAGAACUGAACUGGGAUGAAGUGAUGUAUAAUAUUUCGCAGCAUAGAUUACCAGGCGUUCUGACACUACCAUUGGAGAGCAUAUCGUACUACGUUAAAUAUCAUGGGCAACGAGGUAUGGUUUACGUUGGCAAGGACACCGGAAUAAGCUUCUACAUCGGGUUCCACUUUCCACGAAUGUCGGCACUGAAGGAACCGUUUGAUCGGCUGCUCCACCGGUUCUACGACGCCGGGCUUAUCGUACACUGGAAGCGCAGCUUUCGGGACAAUCCGAAUACCUGGGUUCACAAAAACGAGGAUAAAGAUAAUGUACCCACACCACUUCACCUUCAUCAACUGUCCGGGGGGUUUUACUUGUGGGCAUUCUGUACGUUGCUGGCAAUAGGCGUUUUCUUUACGGAAGUAGUCCUGUUCAAGAUCAACUCAGCUCAGCCUCGCAAUUAA